GUCGAACGGCCGGUUCCGGCUGAAUGUCAGUGCUGGGCUGUGGGCCGGGGAGGAAGGUGUUUUUCUCAGUAUCACCUCCACGGCUGCCUCCGCUUGUGCGGCCGCCGCGAGCGCCGGGCCUCUCGGCCCGAGGGGCAUGAGACCGUGAGGCAAGAGACGGGCCGGGGCCUCCGACAUGUUUGGCCGCUCGCGGAGCUGGGUGGGCGGGGGCCAUGGCAAGUCGUCCCGUAACAUCCACUCCUUGGACCACCUCAAGUAUUUGUACCAUGUUUUGACCAAAAACACAACAGUCACAGAACAGAACCGAAACCUGCUGGUAGAGACCAUUCGUUCCAUCACCGAGAUCCUGAUUUGGGGAGAUCAAAAUGAUAGCUCUGUAUUUGACUUCUUCCUGGAGAAGAACAUGUUUGUCUUCUUCUUGAACAUCCUACGGCAGAAAUCAGGCCGCUACGUGUGCGUUCAGCUGCUGCAGACCUUGAACAUCCUCUUUGAGAAUAUCAGUCAUGAGACCUCGCUCUAUUAUUUGCUGUCUAAUAACUAUGUAAAUUCUAUCAUUGUUCAUAAAUUUGACUUUUCUGAUGAGGAGAUUAUGGCAUAUUAUAUAUCAUUCCUGAAGACACUUUCACUAAAACUCAACAACCACACUGUCCAUUUCUUUUACAAUGAGCAUACCAAUGACUUUGCCCUAUACACAGAAGCCAUCAAAUUUUUCAAUCACCCUGAAAGCAUGGUUCGGAUUGCUGUAAGAACCAUAACUUUGAACGUCUAUAAAGUGUCAUUGGACAACCAGGCCAUGCUGCACUAUAUCAGAGAUAAAACUGCCGUCCCUUACUUCUCCAAUUUGGUCUGGUUCAUUGGGAGCCACGUGAUUGAACUUGACACCUGUGUGCAGACUGAUGAGGAGCACCGGAAUCGGGGGAAACUGAGUGACCUAGUAGCUGAGCACCUAGACCACCUGCACUAUCUCAAUGACAUCCUGAUCAUCAACUGUGAGUUCCUCAACGAUGUGCUCACAGACCAUUUACUCAAUAGGCUCUUCUUGCCACUCUACGUGUACUCUCUGGAGAACCCGGACAAGGGAGGAGAACGACCGAAAAUCAGCCUGCCGGUAUCUCUCUAUCUUCUGUCCCAGGUCUUCCUCAUUAUACAUCACGCGCCACUGGUGAACUCAUUAGCUGAAGUCAUUCUGAACGGUGAUCUUUCUGAGAUGUACGCUAAGACUGAACAGGAUGUUCAGAGGAGUUCUGCCAAGCCCAGCAUUCGGUGCUUCAUUAAACCCACCGAGACGCUCGAGCGGUCCCUUGAGAUGAACAAGCACAAGGGCAAGAGGCGGGUGCAAAAGAGACCCAACUACAAAAACGUUGGGGAGGAAGAAGAUGAGGAGAAAGGGCCUGCCGAGGAUGCCCAGGAAGACACCGAGAAGGCUAAAGGUACAGAGGGUGGUUCAAAAGGCAUGAAGACGAGUGGGGAGAGUGAAGAGAUUGAGAUGGUGAUCAUGGAGCACAGCAAGCUCUCAGAGUUGGCCGCCAGCACCUCUGUGCAGGAGCAGAACACUACGGACGAGGAGAAGAGUGCCGCCGCCACAUGCUCCGAGAGCCUGCAGUGGAGCAGACCCUUCCUGGAUAUGGUGUACCAUGCCCUGGACAGCCCUGACGAUGAUUACCAUGCCCUCUUCGUGCUCUGCCUCCUGUAUGCCAUGUCUCACAACAAAGGCAUGGAUCCUGAAAAACUAGAGCGAAUCCAGCUACCGGUGCCAAAUGUGGCUGAGAAGACCACCUACAACCAUCUGCUGGCUGAGAGACUCAUCAGGAUCAUGAACAAUGCUGCCCAGCCAGAUGGGAAGAUCCGCUUGGCCACGCUGGAGCUGAGCUGCCUGCUCCUGAAGCAGCAAGUCCUGACCAGCUCCAGCUGUAUCAUAAAGGACGUCCACCUGGCCUGCCUGGAGGGCGCGAGAGAAGAGAGUGUCCACCUGGUUCGGCAUUUCUAUAAGGGGGAAGAAAUUUUUUUGGACAUGUUUGAAGAUGAGUACAGGAGCAUGACAAUGAAGCCCAUGAACGUGGAGUAUCUCAUGAUGGACGCUUCCAUCCUGCUGCCUCCAACAGGCACACCACUGACGGGCAUAGACUUUGUGAAGCGGCUGCCCUGUGGUGACGUGGAGAAGACCCGGCGGGCCAUCCGUGUGUUCUUCAUGCUGCGAUCCCUAUCGCUGCAGCUUCAAGGGGAGCCUGAGACCCAGCUGCCAUUGACUCGGGAGGAGGACCUGAUCAAAACCGAUGACGUCCUGGACCUGAAUAACAGUGACCUGAUCGCAUGCACAGUGAUCACCAAGGAUGGCAGCAUGGUCCAGCGAUUCCUGGCUGUUGAUAUUUACCAGAUGAGUCUGGUGGAGCCUGACGUGUCCCGGCUUGGCUGGGGAGUGGUCAAGUUUGCAGGGCUUCUCCAGGACAUGCAGGUGACUGGUGUGGAGGACGACAGCCGUGCCCUGAACAUCACCAUCCACAAACCCGCAUCCAGCCCCCAUUCCAAGCCCUUCCCCAUCCUGCAGGCCACCUUCGUCUUCUCAGACCACAUCCGCUGCAUCAUUGCCAAGCAGCGCCUGGCCAAGGGCCGCAUCCAGGCGAGGCGCAUGAAGAUGCAGAGGAUAGCUGCACUCCUGGACCUCCCAAUCCAGCCAACAGCAGAAGUCCUAGGAUUUGGGCUUGGCACCUCCGCUUCCACCCAGCACCUGCCUUUCCGCUUCUAUGAUCAGGGCCGCCGAGGCAGCAGUGACCCCACAGUGCAGCGCUCUGUGUUUGCAUCUGUGGACAAGGUGCCAGGCUUUGCCGUGGCCCAGUGCAUAAACCAGCACAGCUCCCCAUCCCUGUCAUCACCAUCACCGCCUUCCGCCAGUGGGAGCCCCAGCGGCAGCGGGAGCACCAGCCACUGUGACUCGGGGGGCUCGUCUUCCACACCCUCUGCAGCCCAGAGCCCAGCAGACGCCCCCACAACUCCAGAACAGCCUCAGCCUCACCUUCCUGACCAGUUGGAGAUCAUCAAUGAAAUGGAAGCAGAAGCCAAGCCCAGCAAGAACUCAGCCAGGUGCACAGAGGUGGAGACAGCACACCUGUCCCCCAGCCUGCUCCCCGCUCCACAGCCUACCAUCUCCUUGCUCUAUGAGGACACUGCUGACACACUGAGCGUCGAGUCACUGACCCUGGUCCCCCCAGUCGAUCCCCAUAGCCUCCACACCCUCACCGGCCUCCCCCAGCCUCCCACACCAACCACAACGUGCCCAGAGAGCCCAGACGAGGAGGCUGCAUGUGUGGAGCCUGCAGGCCUCUCCAAGCACUGAACGGGCACCAGUCCUCCUCUUGUGCAUGCGGCCCGCUGGUAGGGACCUCUUUAAGAACAGUCUUGGGUCUGUGGAUGCAGAUGACAUCCAUGGCUGCCUCAAGGAGCCCAGCAGCCCAGGUGGCUGGACCCACCGGCACCCCUCCCUUCCAUCAGGCAGUUCCUGUCACCUCCGUGUGCACAGAAGAAUCGGACGGACAAGGUCACUUUGGGUAGCAAGCUGUAGAAAAGCAACCUUAGAUCAACGUCUCUUUUGGCUAUUUAUUUCUGGUUUUGGCAGCAGAUUAAAAAGCAUUUAUUUAAAAAGCACCUAUUUGGGGGGAAAAAGUCCUCAACGCCAGGGUUUGAUGUCAUGUUGAAAGUGUGAUGAUACUGUUAAGGUUUCGUUUUCCCUUGAAUUUGUCAACGUCUUGUCUUAGAGUUCUUGGUUUCUCCACUUUCUUAAAUGAUUAUUCUUUCUCUGUUACUAACUCUGCACGCCUGUGGAAUGAUAACAUACUUUCCUGAGAAAUUUAGAUUCUUUUUAAACACAAUGGAGGAGAUACACAAACUCUCAGGUCCACAUGGAGUUGAGAGCCGGCCACGCCCCACUCAGUGCCCCCACCAAUCAGGGACCGGCAUCCAGCCUCACCUGCAGCUGAUGCGAUCUCUGUUUAUCUGAGGAGCCAUUGGGAACAGGUCUGUGCAGUCAGGUGGGAGGAAAGACACGGUCAUUGGGGAGAGGCCCAUGUCAUCCAGCUGCAGGCCAUGUGUUCUGCCUGAUCUUUCAGAGGGAGGCAGGUCGACAUGGAGCAGAAGCCCCAGAGCCAUGUCCUUCUGGCUUUGGAAUGACUCCUUUGGCACAGCAGAGAUGAGAGAAAGCAGUGAUCCCCUGCCCAGCAUCGUAAGGAUUGAAACCCAUGCAGGUGGGCCCCUUCUUGGGACCACCAACUGCUGCCUGAAAUCAGUGGCUCUAGCUGGCCUCAUGGUAGAGGUGGCAGUUGGCCCCUUGGGCUCUGAUGAAGGACCUGCCUCACCCAGGUCUUCUUGGUGAUGGUGGACACGGUUGUGUGUUUAGGAGCACCCCACACCAGCCAGCCCAGACAACAGGCAGACCUCUCAGUAGGGUCAGGGGUCUGAGCAACCCCAUUGCUAGGGCCACAGCUCCUGCCUGCAGGUCCUGCACAGGCAUCUGGGGUGAGCCCUCCAGCACCCACCCAUCCACCACCUCCAAGUCCUACAGAGAGCACUGUGGCCUGCUUGGUCACCUUCCCAAGUCCACGGCCGGGCCCAUUGGGCUUGCCUAGCAGUAUUUGCCGCUGAAUCCCCAAACCUCUCUGCUUUGAAAGUUGCACAUCGCUUUCUGGUUUAGAGGCUUGGGCAUCCAGGGUACCCCCUACAGGGAAAGGUGCACUCCCUCAGAAGAGGGAGCCACAGAGGAGCAGGCCCCCUGCCGCCUGCCCUGCCUGGCUUCUCUACGUGCAGGAGGCAGCUCCCCUUCACCACCAUCAUCCAGAUGCCUGCAUAGCGUUCCAGGCAUGGGUGACAAAAUACACCUCCUAAAGACAGGCACUGAGUUUCUGUGAGGCCUCCAAGAUGCACUGUUUUUAAAAAGGCACUGGCAAACCAAUUCUGAUCUUUUCUAGAUGCAAUAAAUAUGAAAUGUGUAACGUAAUGAUGUUACUGUCGAGCAUAACCUGUAAAGUUGUCUUCUGUCCCUGUGAGCUGAAAAUACGUAAAUAGCUCUUGUCCCAGGGAGGAGCGGGAGUUGAGCAAUCUCAGCACUUCUGGCCAUCCUAGGGAAGUACCUGCUUUUGCCUGAGUGACUCAUGCUUCCUGGGUACUGAGCACGAGGGUGGAAAUAAAAACUGGAACUUGUGUAUAAAUUUGAGUUUGGCAAUAAAAGAAGAAAAAACUUACCAA